AUGUCGCAGUUUCGGGCAAAGAAACUCGACCUAGGAGGAUUCAUUAACGCCAGAAUCAUUCGUGAUCACACGAAGCGGAAGGUCUUCGCCGAACACGAACAGGAAAGACAAGCUCUGCGAUAUGUCAUCAGGAAUACGACCCUGCCACAGCGCGUGAGGACGGCGGCGCAUAUCGAGUUGUCCAAGAUGCAUUGCUACACCCGACCGAACCAGAUCGUGAACAGAUGCGUCAUGGGAGGCGUUGCGAGAGGUGUCUUCAGAGAUUUUAGAAUGGGCAGAUUUCAAUUCCGAAUGAAUGCCCUCGCAGGCAACCUACCAGGCGUCAAGAAGGCCAGCUGGUAG